UUGCCACGGCGGCCGCGCUCCGGCGCCCGUUGUUGUCAUGGAGACAGCAGCUCCGGCCAGUUGAAGCGCCUAUCCCGCUGGCGCAGAGGACCAGGAGGCGCAGCGACAAGGAGCGAUAAAAGCGGGCAGGAUGUUUGUCUACUUGAGCAAGAAGAUUACAAUUCCUGGUAAUGUUAGACUUAGAUCUAUUUGUUGGAGCAAAGACCAAGGUUAUAUAGCCUGUGGAGGUGAAGAUGGUCUACUGAAAGUUUUAAAGUUAGAAAUAAAAACAGAUGAAGCCAAAUUAAAAGGACUUGCUGCACCUAGCAAUCUCUCAAUGAAUCAGACACUUGAGGGCCACACAGGUGCUGUGCAAGUAGUGACUUGGAAUGAACAGUAUCAAAAGCUAACUAGUAGUGACGAGCACGGACUUAUUAUAGUGUGGAUGCUGUAUAAAGGUGCUUGGUAUGAGGAGAUGAUCAAUAAUAGAAAUAAAUCUGUGGUUAGAAGCAUGAGAUGGAAUGCUGAUGGGCAGAAAAUUUGCAUCAUAUAUGAAGAUGGUGCUGUAAUUGUUGGUUCUGUGGACGGAAAUCGUAUUUGGGGAAAGGAUUUAAAAGUACAACUUCACCAUGUUGCAUGGUCUCCAGAUGGUAGAACUCUACUCUUUGGAAUGGCCAAUGGAGAAAUACACAUUUAUGACAAAAAUGGGACUUUUAUGAUGAAAAUGAAAAUGAACUGUUUGGUGAAUGUAACUGGAGCAUUCAGCAUUGCAGGAAUCCAUUGGUACCCAGGAACAGAAGGCUAUGUAGAACCAGAUUGUCCUUGCCUUGCCAUUUGUUUUGACAAUGGAAGAUGCCAAAUAAUGAGACAUGAGAAUGAUCAAAAUCCUGUCUUAAUUGAUGCGGCUCUGAGUGUUGUGAGCAUCCAAUGGAACCACUGUGGCAACGUGCUGGCUAUUGCAGGUGUCCAGAAGAUACCUGUGCAAGAUAAAGAUAUAAAUGUUGUGCAGUUCUAUUCUCCAUUUGGUGAGCAUUUGCGUACAUUAAAGAUUCCAGGGAAACAAGUAUCAGCUUUAUCUUGGGAAGGAGGCGGUUUAAAAAUAGCAUUAGCUGUUGAUCAGUGUAUUUAUUUUGCAAAUAUUCGACCAGACUACAAGUGGGGUUAUUGCACGAACACAGUAGUGUAUGCAUAUACCCGACCUGACCGUCCAGAAUAUUGUGUUGUCUUUUGGGAUAUAAAAAACAAUGAAAAGUAUUUGAAAUUUGUCAAGAGUUUAAUCUCCAUAACAACCUGUGGAGAUUUCUGCAUUCUGGCUACUAAAGCUGAUGAAAAUCAACUACAGGAGGAGGAUGAAACAGAAUCCAUUGGUGGAAUGUAUGUACUUGUGCUUUGUAAUUCCAUUGGUACACCCUUGGAUCCAAAAUAUAUAGAUAUUGCCCCACUGUUUGUUACAAUGACUAAAACCCAGGUUAUAGCAGCUUCAAAAGAAGCAUUUUAUAUCUGGCAAUACCGUGUAGACAAGAAGCUCACAGCAAUGGAAAUUAAUCAGGUAGCACGGACCAGAAAAGAAGGCAAGGAAAGGAUUUACCAUGUGGAUGAUAGUCCUUCUGGAGCAGGUGAUGGAGCUCUUGACUAUGCUAAGGUCCUACAAGGAACAAGGGAUCCUAUUUGUGCAAUAACUGCAUCGGAUAAGACACUGGUUAUUGGAAGAGAAUCUGGCACCAUUCAGAGUUACAGGCUGCCCAAUGUUGGUUUAAUUAGAAAAUAUAUCCUAAACUGUCGGCCCUACCAAAUGUCUUUGAAUUGCAAGUCUAGUCGUCUAGCUAUCAUAGACAUGUUAGGAUUGCUGACUUUCUUUGACUUGGAUACACGAGUAACUGAUGGUUCAGGAUGCCAAGGAGUCGGUGAGCAACUCAAAUUGGAACGCAGAGAUGUCUGGGAUAUGAAAUGGGCCAAAGAUAAUCCAGAUUUGUUUGCCAUGAUGGAGAAAACAAGGAUGUAUGUGUUUAGAAACCUGGAUCCUGAGGAGCCCAUUCAAACUUCUGGAUAUAUUUGCAACUUUGAAGAUUUAGAAAUCAAAUCUGUUUUAUUGGAUGAAAUAUUAAAGAAUCCUGAACACCCUAAUAAGGACUGCAUAAUACAUUUUGAUACUAGAUCACUACGAGAUGCACAGGCAAUUGUUAAAGAGGCAGGGAUUGCAGAAUCUUCUCAGUUCAUUGAAGAAAAUUCACAUCCAAGACUUUGGCGUCUACUGGCUGAAACAGCUCUCCAGAAACUUGAUCUUCACACUGCUGAGCAAGCUUUUGUACGUUAUAAAAAUUACCAGGGUAUUAAGUUUGUAAAACGCCUUCACAAUCUCCAGAGUGAAGCACUUAGGCAAGCUGAAGUGGCAGUUUAUUUUGGAAAAUUUGAAGAAGCUGAAAGAAUGUAUUUGGACAUGGAUAGAAGAGAUCUUGCAGUUGACUUACGAAUGAAACUAGGCAAUGGGUUUCGAGUAGUGCAGCUGUUGCAAACAGGCUCAGGCCAUGGAGACGAUAGCCUCCUUGAACAGGCACACAAUGAAAUUGGAGAGUACUUCGCUGAUAGACAGAAAUGGGCAAAUGCAGUUCCCUACUUUGUACAAGGUAGAAACCAUGAGCGUUUAGCUGAAUGUUAUUAUAUGCUGGAAGACUAUCAAGCAUUAGAAAAUUUGGCUAACUCCCUUCCGGAAAAUAACAAGUUGCUUCCAGAUAUAAGCCAUAAAUUUGUUACUGUGGGAAUGUGUGAACAAGCUGUCGCUGCCUUUCUGAAAUGUAACAGACCAAAGGAUGCAGUGGAUGUCUGUGUAAAUCUCAACCAGUGGAGUAAAGCUGUUGAACUAGCUAAGGAACACAACAUGAAAGAGAUUGGUUCUCUUCUUGCUAGAUAUGCGUCUCAGUUAUUGGAAAAGAAUAAACCUCUUGAUGCCGUUGAACUAUAUCGUAAAGCCAAUUAUUUCUUUGAUGCUGCGAAACUUAUGUUCAAGGUUGCAGAUGAAGAGGCUAGAAAGAGAACCAAACCUUUACGGGUUAAAAAGCUAUAUGUCAUGUCGGCUUUACUUGUUGAACAAUACCAUGAACAAAUAAAAAAUUCGCACAGAGAAAAAGUCAAAGGAAAGACUUCAGAGGCUACUUCAGCCCUAGCUGGCUUGCUAGAAGAAGAUGUUCUUUCCACAGACAGUCGCCUGAUCGAUAAUGCUUGGCGAGGAGCUGAGGCUUACCAUUUUUUCAUACUUGCCCAAAGGCAGCUGUAUGAAGGUUAUGUGGAUACAGCAAUGAAAACAGCUCUUCACUUGAGGGAUUACGAAGACAUUAUUCCUGCAGUAGAAAUCUAUUCCCUAUUGGCUCUUUGUGCGUGUGCUAACAGAGCAUUUGGGACCUGUUCAAAAGCCUUCGUUAAACUGGAAUCUUUAGAAAAUCUUAAUCCAGACCAGAAGCAACAAUAUGAAGAGCUUGCCCUGCAAAUAUUCACAAAACACUAUCCUAAAGAUAGCAAAAAGUCAGACUUGGAUGGUCUUCUUGAAGAAGGAGAAGGAAAGCUUCCAACAUGUGUUGCUACAGGAAGGCCCAUCACAGAAUAUCAGUUUUGGAUGUGCAAUAAAUGUAAGCACUGUGUCCAAGCUCAAGAAAUCAGCAACUAUAACUUCUGCCCACUCUGCCACAGUUCGGUGGCCUAUUAAAUUAUGCAGGUGAAAGCAA